UUUCGGUUUCCCUUCGCUCACGUGACCUCGAAUCCUCCUUACCGUCAUUCGCAUUUGCGCCAAGAUGGCCGCGCAAGCAGACCGCGGUGUCCCGCUCAGCACGCUCUGUCCCAAGUUUCUUCAUACAAACUCCACCAGCCACACCUGGCCCUUCAGUGCUAUAGCUGAGCUCAUAGACAAUGCCUAUGACCCAGAUGUCAGUGCCAGCCAGUUCUGGAUUGAUAAGACUAUGGUUCAAGGGCAAGAAUGCCUCAGCUUUAUGGAUAAUGGAAAUGGACUGGACCAUGACACGAUGCAUAAGAUGCUCAGCUUUGGGUACAGUGACAAGACUGCUAUAAAUGGUCUAGAGCCAAUUGGUAUCUAUGGCAACGGUUUCAAGUCUGGAUCCAUGCGUCUGGGCAAGGACGCCAUCGUCUUCUCCAAAUCAAGGACUACGUCAUGUGUCGGGAUGCUCUCACAAAGUUACCUAGAGAAGAUUAAAGCUCAGCAAAUAAUCGUACCCAUCGUCUGCUUUGAGAAGGGGGAAAGAAACGAGUUCAGGGUAAGAGAGGAGCACAGUGUCAGUCUGCAGGACAUCCUGUCCUUCUCUCCUUUCAAGACACAAGCAGAACUCCUCCAAGAGAUUAAUGCCAUCAGUUCCUCCUGGUCCACAGGGACAACCGGCACACGGAUCAUCAUCUGGAACCUCCGCAAAACAGCUACUGAUUCAACAGAGUUUGAUUUUAAGAGUGACCGUUAUGAUAUCCGAAUCCCAUCUGACAUCUACGAGGCAAUGAACGACAAGUCUCCACAUCCAGGGGUGACAUCCAACAUUCCUGAGUGUGUUUACUCGCUGCGGGCAUAUUGCAGUAUUCUCUACCUGAAGCCUCGGAUGCAGGUCGUCAUACGUGGUCACAAGGUGAAAACGCAGCUCAUUGCAAAGAGUCUGGCCUUCAUCCAAAAGGACCACUACAAGCCCAAUUUCCUGAAAAGACGGGUUCCUAUCACUUUUGGUUAUAACACCAAAAGUAAAGACCAGUAUGGCGUUAUGAUGUAUCACAAGAAUCGGCUCAUCAAACCGUAUGAACGCGUGGGCUGCCAGCUCAAGGCCAACAACAUGGGUGUUGGGGUCAUCGGAGUCAUAGAGUGUAACUUUCUGGAUCCUACCCACAACAAACAGAGCUUUGAUCAGACAGAUAAGUACAGGAAAACUAUAAACACUUUGGCGAUCAAACUGGAGGAGUACUGGAAAGAAAUCCGCCACAAGAGAAAACAAGAGGAUCCAAACUGCAUCCCAGUGGAAGAUACCGUGAAGCGGCCAGAUCAAAACUGGGCGCAGUGUGAUGCCUGUUUGAAAUGGCGCAAACUCCCGGAUGGGAUCGAUUGCAGCAAGCUGCCAGAAAAAUGGUACUGCGCUUUGAACCCUGAUCCUCAGUUCAGGAACUGCAAGGUAGAGGAGGAGCCCGAGGACUCGGAUGACGAGCAGCCUUCAUACCGCAAGACCUACAAAAAAGAUGAGAGGGAAGAAAAAAAGAAAAGACAAAAGGAGGAGGAGGAACGGAAGCGCAAAGAAGACCAGCGUUGGGCUGAGCUCACCAGGCAGAAUCAGGCCCUGGAGCAGCAACUGCGUCAAACUCCGACCCGUUCCCCCUCCACCCCGAGGAGCAGAUUUAACUCUCAGUUACCAAAAGGUGGUGCUGUAAGACCUGAAUCCUUCACCAUUUCUCAAGCUGCAUGCAGCCCCUCCAGUAGCAGUGGUCUUCCAGUUAUUUCUAAUGUGUGCUCACUGUCAGCAGGCAUCCCAAGGGGGAAAAGAACACAGCCCUCUACUCCACAAAGAACACCCAAAAGACCAAAAGUUAAUGGACAUCUUUUCGGCACCCCUAGUACAUCCAUUUCAGUGGAUGUGCGCCCAAUGAGCUCGCCAUCAGUGCCCAUUGAUAGUGACGAUACUGAUGAUGAUAUUUGCAUCCUGGAAAGUGACAGUACCCCCAAGCCAAAAAAGCCAGGCUUUGAUUUGACUAAAGUGAAGUCAGAGAAGGAGCAAAGUGAGGUCAGCAUGUUGUUGGAGUGCAGUGAUGAUGCUGCCCUGGACGACCCCUCGGAGACAGACGCCGCAGGUACCGGUUCUGCAGUGUCGACAGCUGUUGGAACCAGUCCGCCCCCCCCAGCACCACCUGCAGAGGUGGCCAGCAUCACCACCCAGACAGAUGCAGCCAAAGUGAAGAAGGAAGAGGAAGACCUAGAUCAGACUCAAGAGGAGGAGAGGGGAGGGCAGAGUGACACUCGCAGUGAGAAUCAAGGAAAGCAGACUGUGCAGAAUGGAAAGACUGAUCAUCUGCGUCACGAGGGCAAUGCUGGACCUUCCCAUGCGGAUGUCAGUGACAGGAGAGACGCUCCAAUUCAGUACCCCAGUGUGAUAGAAGUACAGGAACAGCAAAACCAGCUCUUAAAUCUGAUGGAGGCUACGGCUGUGGAGAGAGACGAGUUUAAAGAGCAGGUCCGAGCACUAACCUGCCAACUGCAAGACGCUCAGAGCAGAUUACAAGAGCUGACUGAGGUCAAUGUAAAGAGGGAGUGCUCUCAUCAGGCAAGCCAGACAGAGGAAACUGGGGGAGGGAAGGACUAUAAAAGUCUGUUUGAGAGGGCAAAACAGAAAGUCGAUGAACUGAUUAAGGACAACGAAUCUUUACUUGCAACUGCCGAGACCAAACCCAGUGAUGUGCAGGGUGAGGAAAAGGACAUUGAUGACAUCGCACUGCAAGUUGACCGUCUGAUCCGGGAGCUGGACCAGAGGAACAAGGAGAGGGGUGAACUACACUCACGGUUGGACAGUGUGGAGGAGGAAAGAGCAAACCUGGCAUCCCAGUGUGAAGAGCUCAGGGUGAGCCUGCAGCAGGAGAGAGAAAAAGCACAAGAGGCGCACAGAGCCACUGAUUCUUCUGAGUCAGGAGGAACAGCACCAGCCUCUGGCACAGAGUCAAGCUCAGAUACACUCAGAAGCCUGAUGGAACUUCGUCACAACAUCGGCCGCCUUCUCAUAAAUUAUGUGCCUGCACUGGACCUGGACCAGGUGAACUAUGAGUGUAAUGUAAUCGAUGAGAUCCUUGAACAGGUUCUCUCCAAUGAAGAGUCUGGCGUACCAGUGGGAAUGAAGGACAGAGCAAUAGAUGAAUAAACAAUCAUCAUCAUAGAAUCCUGGAUGCUCUCCACUUGUGAACAAGAAUACAGUUUCUUAUGAGUGUGGGACAUUAGGUCAGGUUUAUUUUAAGGUGUUAAACAAAUAUGAAUGACAGAGAGACAUGGGUGUUGUCAUAUUUGAUCCAUGAAAAGUAGAAGUGCAACUAAGGGCUGGUACUUAAAGGCACAGUUCUGGUGCAGUUAUAUAGUCCACAAAACAUUUCUAGAGCUUCACAGCAAAACAGUAUAGCAGCAUUCUCCUUGAAAACUUAAGUAGACUGGGAACAAACAACCGCAAGAAAAAACAAAAUGGCAUAAUCUAAGUCUCCUGAAGAUCUGAGAUCCAGAAUUGAUUUGAAAAACACGAUUUACACCCUUAAUAGGGUGCGUGCUAACAGUUUUUUGCUUAGCAUCAACAGUGAAGAUAUGGACUGAAAGGGUGUAGAAGGGUCUUUUCAAAUCAGUUCAGAGUCUCUGGGCUUCUGAAAACUUGGAUUAUGACUGACAAGCUGCAACGAGCCUUUUUAUGUUUUUUUGUUCUUUUAGUUAUUUUAAAGCAAGUCCCCAUCUACUGGAGUUUCUUAGGAGAAUGAUUUCCAUCAGCAUGGGGAUGAGUAGAUGACUGAUGUGAGGGUUUUGUUAGAAAAAAAAAAAUUAAAUAAACGACUAAACCCAGACUGUGCCUAUUUGAUGUGGCAUAUUUUAAAAACCUUUAAAUGAAAAAAUAUAUUUUUUAAGUUAAGUUUAUAUAGAGAGAUUGAGAAGAACAAGAUAGAUUAUGAUGAAAACUGUUUUUCUAUAGUAGUUGCUUCUUCAUGCACCUUAGAAGUAUAUGAAGAGUUGCCUGAAAGCUCCAACGCACAAAGGUGUGCACAUGUGUACAGAUUAUGUAUGAUACAGUAAAUGCAGCACACUCGGAGCUAAUUUUCACUUUUCACUCAUCUUGAAAUAUGACAGUUGGAGAAGUAAAAAUGCAAUGACAGCAUACAUAAAUGAAUGUUCUAAUAAUCCAUUAACUUGUCAACUGCUUGAUGUGUUGCUGAUCAUUUAAUUCUAGUCAUAGUGUUGACUUGUGCUUUAAAGAAUGCAAUCAUGGUUAUACUGAAUAACUCCUGAUGCUUCAUCUGAUUCUGUUUCACAAUGACAGCUGACUGUUUACUCAUUGCUUUGUAUUUAAGUAUUUUUUUUUGUAUUGAUCCUGUCAGAUAUAUUUUUGUAUUUACUGACUUUGCUCUGUGAUUAAAAUCCUCUAAAUUCUU